AUGUAUUAUUUUUUUGAACCCGAGACAUUAUCUUCCCUAGAUAAAGGCCCAAAGAGGAGAAAACCAAACAUGUUUAUAAUGUAUCGUAAAGAUAUGAUGAAACACAAACCCCAUAAUAUGCCCAUGACAAAAUACAGUAAGCUAGUCUCAGAAUGGUGGAAAAAGCUUUCUGCGGACGAAAAAGCGCAAUUGCAACGAAAAUAUCAAAUAGAUCGUGAUCAAAAAUUACAAAAAGAAGCCAAUGCACGUUUAAGUGCUACCAAUCAAUCCGGUGAAAAACACGAAAUAAAUCACAUUAUUAUAAAAGACAGUGAAAAAACACGAAAAACCGAGAUAAAUGAAAUUAAAUCGACUAAAUCGACUGAUGUUGAAAAAUCGUUAACAGCAUCUAAUUCACAAUUAUGCGAUUAG